AGCCUGCCAAGAAGUGCUUGUCACCAAGCACAAGAUCCCCAAGGAGCCUGAGCCGAGGUUUCCUCCUUGUCUCCAUCACCAGAGCCUGUUGACCUCUCACCCUGGCCUGGAAACCGGAAUCCCUGCCCCCUCAGAAGAGGAAGCCCCUGCUGUGACCCUCCAGAUUUCCCUCUUGCCUUCCAGAGGGAUGAUGACAAGCGGGGCCUUCUUGGUCAGGAUAAUUGAUGCUGAGCCACAUGUAGACCAAUGAGGGUUCUUAAAAAGCUGCCUUCUGCCUCUGCCUGGGUCCAUGGGGGGGCCAAAUAGACACUGCUAGGGGCCGUUUUAUUUUGGUGGGGUGACAAAUGAACUUGGCCUGAGAGAUGGGAUCAGCAGGGCUAAGACCUGCGGAGGACUCAGAGCUGUAGUUUGCUUCAUUAAGCUGGUCCCGAGUUUGUUUUGAGAAAGCCCGAGGGGCCCGGGGAGGUAGAGAUGAGGAGCUGGAGCUCGUUUUGAUAUCCGAAAACUGCAGCCGCCUGCACGUGGGAGGCGCUGAGAGCAGGCUUGCCUCACACGCCCCCCUCACCGUUGGUCACCUGGGAGCACCAGCAGCAAUUUGGGAGAUUUCUGAGCUCGAGGAGGAGUCUUUGGGGAGGGUUUGCUCGGAGCACACCCCUUUCCCUCCUCCUGGGCUGAGGGAAGCAUGGGACCAGCCCUGCCCCAGCCUGUCCUCAUUGGCUGGCAUGAGGCAGAGGGGGCUUUAAAAAGGCAAACGUGUCCAGGCUGGGGACCGGAGCCCGUGCUACUAGGAAGGCCGAGUGCCCUCCCCCAGCUGGCACGAUGCAGCUCUCUCUUGCCCUGUGUCUCGUCUGCCUGCUGGUGCAUGCAGCCUUCCGCGUGGUGGAGGGCCAGGGGUGGCAGGCCUUCAAGAAUGAUGCCACGGAAAUCAUCCCUGAGCUGGGCGAGUACCCUGAGCCUCUGCCAGAGCUGAACAACAAGACCAUGAACCGGGCGGAGAACGGAGGGAGACCUCCGCACCAUCCCUUUGAGACCAAAGACGCCUCCGAGUACAGCUGCCGGGAGCUGCACUUCACCCGCUACGUGACCGACGGGCCGUGCCGCAGCGCCAAGCCCGUCACCGAGCUGGUGUGCUCCGGCCAGUGCGGCCCGGCGCGCCUGCUGCCCAACGCCAUCGGCCGCGGCAAGUGGUGGCGCCCGAGCGGGCCCGACUUCCGCUGCAUCCCCGACCGCUACCGCGCGCAGCGGGUGCAGCUGUUGUGUCCGGGCGGCGCGGCGCCGCGCGCGCGCAAGGUGCGCCUGGUGGCCUCGUGCAAGUGCAAGCGCCUCACUCGCUUCCACAACCAGUCCGAGCUCAAGGACUUCGGGCCCGAGGCCGCGCGGCCGCAGACGGGCCGGAAGCUGCGGCCCCGCGCCCGGGGCACCAAAGCCAACCGGGCGGAGCUGGAGAACGCCUAUUAGAGCUGACCCGCCGCCCCGCGGGCGGCCCCCAACCCAGGCGCCCCAGGUUUCCGCCCCCUGCGCGCGGUUUGAUCGGUUGGGUUUCAUUUUUAAUACCUGCAACCCGGGGCCGGGGUGGGGUGCUGAGACCUUCCUGGCUGCAGGCCUUGUGGAUCCCGGGGUCAGCAACCACCCCACCUCGCAUCCGCGCAGCGGGGGUCCCGGGGGCAGGGGAGGGCGCUGAGAGUUACAGACACUGAGCCACGCAGCCCCGCCCCGCCGGGGCCGCCUACUUUUGAUGGUCCCACUUGAGAGGAGGCGGAAAAGGAAGCAUUUCAUUGCCCAGGAACUGGUUAAGAGAAUUCGAUCCGAUUCCCCUUCCCCCACCUCUCUGCCAGGCAGAAAAGCCUUGAGUGCCUUGCUGUGCCCAGAACACAAGGCUGGGUCCCUAGAUGGGGUUUCUAGUCCUGCCCCUGCCCUCAGCGUGCCAGGUGAUCUCGGACGAUUACGCUCUUGUCUUCCUGGACUUCGAGUUCCUCUUUGUAAAAUGGAAGUGGGGGUGGGAUAAGCAUCUGGAGCAAUCUGCUGUCACGUGAUUCCACGGACUCGGGUGCCCUUUGAAUGGGCACAGGAGAGAGAGUUUGGAUUGAAUCAUUGAUGGGGUCGCUUCCAGAAUUCGGAAUUGUCAUCCUCUGAUCUGACAGCCAAAGAUGAAAAAAGGAAAAGAGUCUAUUUAUGGCUGACAGACUCGUGGGAAAAGCUGUGGUGUGUCCCAGCCUGGGAUCCCAGAUGUUUCGCUACCUCCACUUUCCAUCAUAAAGGACACAGAAACAGCACCAUCCAUUGGAAUAGUGAGGAAGGUCCCCAAGGGUGGCGGGAGGCACAGAGAUUAGUCUCUGUACUCAUAGAGCACCUCCCCCACCGUGCACCCAUCAUGGCCAUAUUUUAUUUAAGGUCACCUUCUGUAGAGAAGCCCAAGGUCACAGCACACUGGGUUUGUGGGCCCAAGGGAGCAGCCACCACCCAUUCAAAGACCAGAGGGUCCCUUUCAAGACCUCCUCCUGCCUACCACUCAAGGACACAUUUCUGCUUGGAAAAGAGCUUCUUACUGCUGUUACAUGUGAUGGCAUAGCUUACAUUAAAAUAAUCUUAUUGGGGAAAAAAUUACAAGUGCUGUAUAUAUGCUGAGAAACCGCAAAGCUUAAGAGCUGCCAUCCAAAAAUCUUUUGGAAAAUCAUUUCCAGGCACCACUUACUUUCUGUGCAGUUUUUAAUUGCUUAAAAAAAUUUUUUUUUUUUUUUAAACAGAAGCACAUGCCAUGUGAAAGCCUGCCCAGCUGGUUGUUUUUGUAAUCUUUUCAAGUGGAAUUUGUCCACAAGAAUGAAAGUAGCAGUUUUUGUUUUUUUUCUAAAGAGUUAAGUUACAUAUUUAUUUUCUCACUUAAGUUAUUUAUGCAAAAGUUUUUCUUGUAGAGAAUGACAACGUUAAUAUUGCUUUAUGAAAUACCAGUCUGUUCUUUCAGAAUCCAGAGGCAUUGUUAAUAAAGAUAACGAAUUGUUGCGGA